UCAGAAUUGGCAAACUUUUUUCUCCUGUCCGGUUUUGUACUGGGCUAUUUCGAGUUACCUUAUAGUCCUCGCUAUGUCGGCUUUUUGACUUGAAGACCCGGGACAGUUUGUAGAGUUUUGAGUGUUGCCAUGGCACCAUUCGGAAGAAACUUUCUUAAAGCACGAUUGAGAAACAGGUCUGAAAGCAAAGACAAAGCCCUGCCAGCCGGUGAGGAGAUCCAAGUGUGGGUGUGCCAGGAGGAGAAGGUGGUGUGCGGGGUCUCCAAGCACACCACCUGUGUAGAUGUGGUUCAGGCCCUGCUGGAAGACCACAAGACCGCUGCGGAGGACAAGAGGUCCCUGCAGGGAGAGCCCAAGGAGUACUGCCUGGUGGAGAGGUGGAAGGGUUUUGAGCGGGCUCUCCCUCCGCUCACCCGGAUCCUCCGGCUUUGGAAAGCCUGGGGAGAUGAGAAGUCCUUCGUGCAGUUUGUUUUAGUGAAGGCCAGUGAGUCUGCAUCGCAGUCCUCCGAGUCAAAGGGGGCGUUGUCAAAAUCAAAAGGAUCAGAACAAGGCCCGGCCCAGUAUGUCAAAUCGCUGCCUGUGGCCAGGCAGAAGAGGAUGGUGAGAAAGGCUUUUCGGAAGCUGGAGAAGAUCCGCAAGGAGAAGACGCCCGCCCGGGACAGAAAUGAGGGUGGGGUUGCCGGCUUGGUCCAGCUCAUCAUCGCUCAGGAUAACACAAUCCAGCAGCAAAUCCACAGAAUGAGAGAGCUGGACCUGGAGAUUGAGCAGAUCGAGUGGGAGCUGUCGGCCAGUCCUCUCUCGAGCUUCUCCGACCAAACCGACGGGCAGCUUCAGGAGCACCUGUACUCCAGCGACGGCAUGGAGCAGCUGGAGACACAACUGAGGAAGCACAGGGACCUCAUCCAGAAGCUUUCCUGUGAUAUCGAUUCAGAAAUAAAGAGCAGGUGUGUCACUGGCAUCCAGGAGCCACAGGGGGCAGCGGCGAGCAUGGAUUCGGAUGCAGACGAUGAUGCCGAGCUGGAGAGGCUGAGGCGGGACUUGGAGUGUAGCAUGCGUCAGGGUCUGGCCCUACAAGUUCAGGUGACAGAACUGGAGAAGGAGCUGAAUGAGAACAAGGGAGUGCUCAGCUCAAAGAGCCAGGAGUGUGAGCACUUGGCAGUGCAGCUGAGCUGUCUGUGCACGGCGGAGAGCGCUGAAUAUACCGUGUCAGAUGGCCUGAGGAGUCAGGCUCGGAGCGGUAGUGCACAGAGCAAGCUGGGUCUGAUCCAAUCACAGACAGAGGCUGCGGACACCGACUCUGACACAGGAAUAAGCUCCACCCACAGCCAGGACUCCCUGUCACCCUACGGGGAUAUCCCUCCACCUCUGGACACAGACGUGUAAUCAGUUCUUCAAAAAGAAACUUGUGAUUGAUCCAUGCAGUGUUACAACAUUCCUUAAAGCUAGAGACAAUAUUCCAACACCUUCCUUAAUCCGGUUCUCAAUGUGCUUCUUUUGCUGCUCCGUUCUAUUUGCAUUUGUAAAUCUCACCAGGAUGUGCUCAUUAGCAUUUUUAUUAGAUUUUUUUUAUCCUUUUUAAUAUUUAUAACUUUUGAAGGUCCCAUAAACAAAUGUCCUUUCAGCAAUGGAAAACCAAAAAAUUAAUAAGCAUGUUUUUUGAAUAGUUCGUAAAUUCUUUUAAAAUAUGAAAUGUAUAUAUUUUCAAAAAAUAUUUUAUAUUUUAAGGCUGUAAUUUGCAAACAUUCAGCUGUUGCAGUGUGCUGUACAUAUCUAUUCACAAUCCAACAAGAAACGCUAAGCUUGUUGCAGAAAUCCAUAUUCAUAAGUUGUCAGGUGAAUGAAAAUGACUUAUUUUAUAUAUGGUAAUAUAACCUGUAUUUGUUAUACCUACUGAGAAGUGCUGCAUAAAACAACCCGUGGAAUGUCCAUACAAUGUAAAACACAGUAAUGUGCUUUCUCUGUCAUGGAGAAAUGUUUAAUAUAUUUAUAUCUCUAAUACGAAGAGUAACUUGACCAUACAUGUUGUUGUAUAUUAAUACACAUCCUAUUUUUCUUUUCAGAUUAUUAGUUCAAAUGUUUUUUUAUUUAAAAUAUUAUAUUAUAUACAGUGUAUUUUAGCAUACAAAUGUAGCCUUUAUUAUAAACACUCCCGUUCAUCCAUCCAUCCAUCCAUUAUCUGAACCCGCUUAUCCUGAACAGGGUCGCAGGGGGGCUGGAGCCUAUCCCAGCAUUCAUUGGGCGAAAGGCAGGAAUACACCCUGGACAGGUCGCCAGUCCAUCGCAGGGCACACACACCAUUCACUCACACACUUAUACACUCAUACCUACGGGCAAUUUAGACUCUCCAAUCAACCUAACCUGCAUGUCUUUGGACUGUGGGAGGAAACCGGAGUACCCGGAGGAAACCCACGCAAACACGGGGAGAACAUGCAAACUCCGCACAGAGAGACCCUGACCGAUGGGGAUUCAAACCCAGGACCUUCUUGCUGUGAGGCGGCAGUGCUACCCACUGCAACAUCCGUGCUGCCCACUCCCGUUCAAAUAUAUGCUAAUAUUUUCAGUGAGAAUAUAAAAAUAAAAAUAAAUAACAGUAAAAUACAGUAAGAAAAAAUUAGGAACUAGCAUAAAUGUGAUUGUCAUCUGAAUUGAAACGUGGCCUAUUGUCAUUUGUGUUUGAUAAAAAGCCACCGUUAAGUACAGACAGCGGGUAACAGAUUAGCAAAUUAGCCUCUCAUAUUUGAGGAGAUAAAUGCAUCUUGCACUUAAAUGAUGUGAAACUAUGCAUUUAGUAGUUAUCAUACUUGAUAUGAGCCUUAGUCGUUACAGUCACAUGUCAUGACACGAUUUCUGGAAUUAUGUCAGUUUUGUAGUUGGCGCUCUAGUGAGUUAUAGAGGCAGAAUUUGGACUGGUGUGAGGGAUUUUUCCAGGUUGUGCUUUAAGGGCGUUUUAUAUAAAGUGUCCUUACAUAAAUCAGUACUUGUAUUAUAUACUAAUGCUUUCGCACUGUAUGCUCAUUGUUUUUCAUAGUAGCUAAAUAGUGGUUACUGUGUAAUUACAUUGGCAGUAUUUUUAUUCAUUUAUAAUUUAUUUGUAGCCUGUAUUUUCUAUGUCAGCUGAACUUCUAAAGUGUGGUUUGAUUUGCCUUUUAAACAAUAUGUUUGACACUUGUGAAUUUAAAAUAAAAGCUUAGGUAGCGAAAUCUGUUUCACCCUCUGCCAUCCCGAUGUGCCCCAAUGUAUGCCCCAGUUGGAUGAUCAGAUUCCUGUGGAGUGUCAAAGCUGCACAUGAAAGGUCCUCCUCUGACUCCAUGCUAUGCGAUCUUAGCUGCAGUCUGUGGUGUGAAAAGAAACAGACUGGCAGAUGUCUACAUGCUCUUGAAUUGGUGAUAGGUUUUGUGCAUGAAUGCGGCUAUGGUUGCAUAGUUGGAUAUUCAAAAUUUGGGUUUGAAUGGGACAUGUUCAGCCCACAUUGGGUAAUUGAAAAAAAUUAUAAUAAUAAAGAGUUUUUCUUGUGACAUUGAAAGUACAGCCAGUAGACUUUGAGUAGAGGAAUGCUUAUUGUAUUUAUUGGCUCUGUGUAUCAAGAGAAAAAAACAUGAAGAAGCUGUGGGGGAAAGGAUCGAAAAAUAAAGCCAAUUAAAUCAA